GCGAUUACACCACUCGAUAUUCCUCAGCCGCCAGUGCCAUAUCUGGAAUAUGGCCUGGACCGAGUCCUCUUCAAUCCAGGAAUAUAUCAGCUCAAGGACCCCGUUUCACGGGUCUACAAUUUUGACCCGUAUCUUGAGAAGAUUAUGCCUGCGAGGGAAUUCGACUUCAACGCGCUCAAGGAGUAUAAAACAUCUUCGCAGGACAAGGCGCUGUCAGCAAUUGCGCAACAACAGGACAAGCGAUACAUUGGCUCAACAUCAAGCAUGACAAGUACGCUCGCUCACUUUCACUACUUGAUCUCGAACUGGAGACCGCUGAAUCACUCCAUGAUAUCGAGAGGGUUCUCCAAAGAUACCACGAAACAGCUCACUGAAAUCAACAAGGCUCCGAAUGCGAUCUUCUUGAGAUGGAAAAAUGGUUGCUAUGCAAUCGAUGCGGACAAAGAGUACGACAGCCCGAAUGUGUUGAUGCUUCUCGGCAAGUCAAUGGAGCUUCUGCUUACGCUACCGACCGACGAGUAUGAGAAGUAUCGCAAGAGCGACCCACGACAGGUUUCCGAAGAGUCGAGGACUGCGCCGGAAGCAUAUCAAUACACCACCAUGGGCGAUUUCUUGAUGCGGUCGCAGCUAGACGCCUACGAUCCUCGCCUACCUGGGAAUGGUACCUUCGAUCUCAAGACUCGCGCUGUCGUCUCAGUGCGGAUGAAAGCGAAUGAUCAUGAAGAUAUGACCGGAUAUGAGAUUUAUGGAUUGCAGGGGCACUACGGAUCUUACGAACGUGAGUUCUACGACAUGACGCGAACUACGAUGCUCAAGUAUAUGCUUCAAGCACGAAUGGGACGUAUGAACGGCAUCUUCGUUGCAUAUCACAACGUCGAGCGUAUCUUCGGGUUCCAAUAUGUGCCAAUAUCCGAGAUGGACCGGGUGCUGCAUGGCCAGACAGACGCCUGUCUUGGUGACCAGGAGUUCAAGGCUAGCUUGAAGAUGCUGAAUGAUGUUCUGGACAAAGCUACAGCGAGAUUCCCUGAGCAAUCGCUACGAAUCCACUUCGAGACUCAAGAACCGAAGGAGACUGGAGAGGGCACGGCGAUCACGGCCAUGAAUAUAUUUGCUGAGCCGAUGUCCGAAGACGAGAUCGACACAAUCCAGAGCAAGUCUAAGGAGAAGAUUCAGGAAUAUGAGCGGACCAUCUUGGGCAAGGACACAAAUGAAGACGUCACGACUGCCACGUCCGAAGAAGCCAUUGCAGAUGAUGCACAGAAGAUCAUUGAGGCGACGGGUUCUGCAAAUGUCGUUGACGAGCAAGCUGCGAUGGACCCGACAGAGGACGCGGACACAGAGAAAGCGUCUGGCUUGCGACCCCUCUUCUACGCAACUAUCAUCUGCCAAUCCGAAGUCAACGGCGACGUGCCUCAAGACCGCCCCACAAACCUCACUGUAGACGACAAGUGGGACGUCAAAUACCUGUUCAAAGAAUACGAGAGCUCUCGAAAGGCGUGGUCCAAAUAUGAGGACUGUAAAGCUCGCCGGAAAUUUGCAUUCGAUCGUGACGCUGAAGAGGAAGAUGCUGGCGAUCCUGAGAGUGAUGCGAAAGCGCAGAAGAUUGAUCACUACAUGCGUUUCUUGAAGAGUAUGAGCGAUAAGGGGAGACAGAUUAGAAGUAAGAUCGAUGAGCUGGAGGCUGGGAAGGAGAUUGUC